AUGGGGCACAGUCGAGAGCACCCGGCGGCACAUAACCACCGCGAGCUGGUGCUGAUGCAGCAUCGCAUAGCAAGCUUCCUCAUGGUAUUUUCCGUCAUCGUGGUUGCGUUCUUCGUAUUGAUUGUCUCCAUCCAGAAGGAGGAUACAAGCUGUCAGACGCGGGCGGACGCUGCCGCAUACAGCGUGUACGCCCAAACGACAGGGAAGCACGACACUCUUGUGAGUGACCUGGUCGCCGCCCUAAAGAGUCAUGGGGUGCACGCUGAGCCGUCGGAGGCGGCGGCAAACGCCACGUGGCGAAUUGACGUCUUUGACACCCACCAGAAGACGCUGCUGACAUCCGGGUUUCGUCUACUGCGGCAGUCGGGGGACGUGGACUGGCUCUGGCGGCUGCGGUACCUGGAGCACAGUAUCUGUCGACCGGAGCGCAAACUCUCCAUGGAGGCGCUGCCCAACGUGGACAGCGAGAAGGUCUCGUAUCACGUGACGGCGAUUAACACCCGCGGCGGCCGGGCCUUUCUCUACCAGGCUGACGUGUUGACGAGGGAUCGUGACAGGAUCACAACCUUCCCAGAGUUGCAGUCCUUGUUUCCCGGCUUUAACGCGAAGUCUGCGUCUCUGCAGAUGGUGGCGACAGAUUCGGUGGAGGUGUCAAGAAGGUUUGCCGCUGAGCUGUACUACGGCGCCUCCCCGCUGGACAUUGAGCUACUCGUGGACCAGCGAAAACCCGCGGCGGGUGGCACCGCCUACUGGCAAAUUGCGCUUUCAACGAAAAGCAUCUUGGCGGAGGAAGCUUUGAGGGAUGUACGCGGAAUCGUCGCUGAAUGGGCGGGAAAUACGAGUGUUUUGUGUCACCCGUCGAAAUGCGGGGCUGGGUAUGACGACCCGUUCCUUCAAUGUUGA